CUGGUGGCUGCGGGAUCGAUUUUGGUGGCGGUUAUUGGGUCCCAAACCAUUGGCAGCAGCACAGACAUUGACUUUGUGAAUCUGUUCGUGGAGAGGCUUUCCGGCCGGUCGGGCAGUUUCCUGGGUGGACUGGUUGGCGCUACGUCCCUUUUUGCCUUUGCCGCCGGGAUGGCCUCGGCCGUCAAUCCCUGCGGUUUUGCCAUGCUGCCGGCUUACCUGGGGCUUUACUUGAGCUCGGGAGCGUCCGAAGAAGACCGUCCGGGGCCUCUCAGGCAACUGGCACAAGCGCUCCUGGUGGGUGCGGCUGUAACUCUGGGAUUUGUUGUACUGUUCGGCUUUGCGGGAACCCUUAUAGGGUUAGGAGCAGCCUUCGUUGUUAGCUAUAUACCGUGGAUUGGUCUUCUCAUCGGGGUGCUUCUGACAUUGACUGGGGCCUGGCUAGUAGGAGGGGGCAAGUUAUAUACGGGAAUAGCUGCCCGGGCUGCCUCCAGAAUCGGUGAUCCCGCUCAAGUGAGUUUCAAAGGGUAUUUCCUGUUCGGACUAAGUUACGGGACCGCUUCCCUGAGUUGUACACUGCCCAUUUUCCUUGCUGUGCUCGGCCUUACCGCUUCAGACGCCGGCUUCUUUAACACUCUGGCGAAUUUCCUUCUAUUCGCCGCAGGAAUGGGCCUUGUAAUACUGGCUCUGACGUUAGGCAUAGCCUUUUUCAGGGGCGCAAUGGUGGGUGGGUUGCGCAGGGCCCUGCCAUACAUCCAGCCGAUCGGAUACUGGUUGAUGGUACUUGCAGGCACCUACAUCAUCUUUUACUGGCUGACCAUAGGGGGACUGAUGGGACCGUAGUCCCCUAUAGUUGAGGACACGCAAAAGCAAAACAAGAGAGUACGAGUUGGGGCAGUCAAUAGUGACUGCCCCAACUAAUUCCUCGAGAACUAUGGUUCUGGACUAGCGCUUGGUGUACUGAGGAGCGCGGCGAGCUCGCUUUAGACCGUACUUCUUGCUUUCCUUAAUACGGGAGUCACGAGUGACGAGGCCGUGCCGUCGCAGUGUUGGCUUCAGAUCCUCGUCAAACACUAUCAAUGCCCGCGUGAUGCCGUGCCUGAUGGCCUCAGCCUGGGCAUUUACACCACCACCAGUUACCUUGACGACCAAUUGAAACCGGUUGGUGGUGUUCGUUACCCUGAAAGGUUCAUUGAUGACGACUUGCCAAGGCAACCAGUUGAAAUAGUCUUCAACCAAUUUCCCGUUGACCAGCAUCGGUCCGCCGUCAGAGUUGGGGUAAAGCCGUACCCUCGCGAUAGCCCUCUUGCGCUUGCCUGUACCAUAGAAAUACUGUUGCUGAGUUUCCGCCUGCACCAAAGCUGUUAACCGUCCUUAAUUUCCUUCUCUUUGUUCCGAUAACUGUCCAAUUUGCGCCUCGUGGGGGUGAGAAUCUCCGGCGUAUACUUUGAGGCGCUUCAGCAUCUCCCGACCCAGCUUGUUUCGUGGCAGCAUACCUUUUACGGCCAACUGCAACACCCGGUCGGGAUGGGAUUCCAACACGUCCCGGAGAAUAAAGCUCUUGAGAUUCCCGACGUAACCGCUGUGGCGGUAGUAGGUCUUCUGCAGAAGCUUAUCACCCGUUAUCCUGACUUUAUCCAUGUUUACCACGACCACAUGGUCGCCGGUUAGGACGUGAGGCGUGUAGGUUGGCCGAUCUUUGCCCUGCAGGGCAACUGCCACGUCCCGGGCCAACCGGCCCAACGAUUGUCCUGUGGCGUCUAUCAGGCGCCAUUUUUGUUCGACCUGUCCAGGCUUUGGAAAGUAAGUGCUAGUUCUCUUCAUGAUUAUUUUCGACCUGUGCCCAAGAAUUUCAAUACGUUACCUCCCGGAGCCAUAAGCCCUUGGCAGGCAGAGUCGGUAUCGAAUUGAUUGCUACUCCAUCAAUACUAACUUGUUGACCUCUCAAUAUGGUCCUGAACGCAUCUCGUGGCCAGUUUCCCUUGCCAAUUUCAACGAGGACGGCGUUGGUUCUUCGAAUUUGGUGCUGCAUGAAGCCACUGGCUUCACACGUGAUAAUCACCAAAUGUUCGUCUUCUAUCGCUGCCGCUACGUUCCAGCGGUAAACCUCGCGCACUGCGCUCUUCUCGACGGGAUGACUCGGCGCUAGCGGACGAAAAUCGUGGAUUCCAACCAAGUGCUGAGCCGCCAGGUUCAUCUCAUCUAUCUUUAAAGGUUCCCGGAUCCAAUGGUAGUGCCUUUGAUAUAAAGGUGAAGGGAGCAGACGGUUCAAGAUUCGGUACUGGUAAAUGCGAGUCUGCGCUUCUUUCCUGGAAUGGAAAUCGUUCAGGGCCUCGCAGGCUUCAGUAAUCCGAAUGUCCCUUGGGAGAUAGUAGUUGAGAGCGCCAACGAAGGUCUCCGUCCUAUAUUUGCUCUCAGAAAUAAAGUCAACCACCUGACCCAUUGCGUGUGCUCCCGAGUCGGUACGGCUGGCUCCUCGAAUCCGUAUGUCCUCUCCCGUAAACUCCUUCAGUGCUUUCUCUAUUUCUCCCUGGAUUGUGGGCUGGUUAGGCUGGAGCUGAAAUCCUGCAUAGUCGGUGCCGUCGUAUUCAACAAGCAAGGCCAAUCGGCGACCGGACCUGACAUCAAGGGAGUUUACCUCUUUAAAGUUUCCCAACGCUUGUUGCAAUGCGACUCCAGCCAGUGCAUUUCACCUUACACGAGCUCAAUAACCGCCAUCUGAGCCCCAUCGCCUUGCCGCGGGCCCAGUUUUACAAUCCUGGUGUAGCCUCCCGGACGGGUCUCGUACCGGGGCGCCAAAUCGUCAAAUACCUUCUUCACCACCUGUUUAUUAGGUAUUUGUGCUAGUGCCAGGCGACGAUGGUUCAAAUUACCUUUCUUACCGUGGGUUAUCAGUUUUUCUGCGACGAUCCGGGUUUCCUUUGCUUUUGCGAGCGUGGUCGUGAUGCGCUCGUGGCGGAUCAAUUCGCAAGUGAGGCCUCUCAGCAGGGCCUUUCGCUGGUCUUUAUACCGGCUCAGGUUACGGCCGGCCACUCGAUGGGAUGCCAUUGUCUAGGAAGCCUCCUCCUCGUCGUCAUCAAAAUCGUAGUCCAGAUCGUCUUCAAAGUCCUCUUCGGUGCCGGCAUCAUCUGUGAUGGCGACGCUCUCAAGGGCUCCGAGGAUAUCGCUGCCGGGCUGUGCAGACUGGACUAUUGUAAUGCCAUCCAGCCCUCGAUCUUCGCCGUCGCUAUCGAAUUCGUCCAAUAUACCAGCGCCGACCGGACCCAAUUCAGAAUCCUCCUCUCCGGAACUGGAAGCCACUCCCUGUUCGGCCAGCUUGCUGCGCAAUUCGGUGAGAGACUUCUCACCGAAAUUCCGAAUUUUGAGCAGUUCAUCAUCGGACAUUUCCAGGACUUCGCCCACCCUUGUUAUGUGGGCUCGCUUCAAGCAAUUCAGCGUGCGGUGGGAUAGAUCCAACCUCUCAAUGGGGGUUUGGUAAGUCUCCGGAGAUAGGCUGAGACUGGGCCUGCUGAAUGUGCUGACGCCGCCACCCGACAGAUUCUUGAACAAAAAGAAGUCGUCUACCAAGGCUUCGGCGGCUUCACCCAGCGCGUCCAGGGGAGCGAUUGUACCGUCCGUCCAAAGUUCCAAAACCAGUCUUUCGUAGUCCGUUCGCUGUCCAACCCGGGUGGGUUCCCUGGUGUAGUUGACCUUCUUGACCGGGUUGAAAACGGCGUCAACCGGCAGCACGCCCACCUGCAUGCCGGCACUACCUUCAGACUGGGCCGCUGGACGAUAGCCCAACCCGGAUUCCACAUUGAAUUCAAUGGACAGGUUGGACUCUGUGCCAUCCAAUGUUGCCAAGUGCAGCUCCGGGUUGACAAUUUCGAAGUCGCUGGAGGUGGCAAUAUCACCGGCACAUACCCGGCCCUCACCCUGUACGUCCAACCGCAUCUUGCCGGUGCGCUCACUAUCGGCGUGGAUGCGAAUGCGCUUGAUGUUCAAGAGCAGGUCCAUCACCUCCUCUUUGACCCCGGUGACGGCCGUGUACUCAUGCACCACGUUUUCGAUCUUUACCCAGGUUAUGGCACUGCCCUUGAUGGAGCUAAGGAGGAAGCGCCGUAAUGGAUUGCCGAUAGUGUGGGCAAACCCCGGCACCAACGGCUCCAGGGCGACCCUGGCGUAUCCAUCAUCUGAUUCCAGCACCGUAAUGCUGGGUCUGAUAUUUUCUGAUGCCCCUUCCAGCGGGGCCGAUGGGAGGAUAUAAGUUUCCAACAUGAGACUUACUACCUCGAAUAGAACUCUACAAUUAGCCUUGAAUUGAUAGACUGGGUCAAAUCCUCGUCCGCCGGUAGCGCCACAACUUCCCCAAUCAUCUCAUUGACAUCCAAGGACAACCAUGUAGGAACAGGACGCUUGGGAAUGCCGUCGGUGCGCUCCCUGAAGAAAUCGCUAUUCUUUGACGCUUCUCGCCAAGAAAUAGUGUCUCCGGCCUUGACCAGGAAGGAAGGAAUAUUGGUCUUCACUCCUCUGACCUGGAUGUGUCCGUGCAUAACCAUUUGCCUUGCCUGCUUCCUGGAAUCGGCAAACCCAAGAAGGUACACUAUGUUAUCGAGGCGCCGUUCCAGGGUACGAAGCAAGUUCGAACCCGUAAUGCCCGGGCUACUGAAAGCAUCAGCCAUAUAGCGUCGAAACUGACCUUCCAUCACCCCGUAAAUCUGGCGGGCCUUCUGCUUCUCGCGCAGGUGAACCCCAUAGUCCGAAGGGCGGCGGCGGCGGUUGGUCUGGUUUCCUGGUGGAGAAUGACGGCGUUCCACAGCGCACCUGGGGGUAAAGCACCGGUCCCCCUUCAAGAAAAGCUUUUCUCCUGCCCUUCGGCAAAGCCGACAGGAUGGCCCUGUAUAUCUUCCCAUAAUCUUUCUUACUACACCCUUCGUCGUUUAGGUGGCCGACAACCAUUGUGGGGAAUCGGCGUCACAUCUCGAAUGCUGGUUACUGACAGGCCUGCACCCUGAAGAGACCUGAUGGCCGCUUCACGCCCGGCGCCAGGCCCCUUGAUUAGUACGUCAAUCAUGCGCAGUCCCAUAUCCAUUCCCCUGCGGGCUGCCUGCUCGGCUGCUCUCUGGGCGGCAAAGGCCGUUCCCUUUCGGGAGCCUUUGAAUCCAACUGUCCCGGCACUGGCCGACGCUAUCACGUUUCCAUCGGUAUCAGUAAUGCUUACCAGAGUAUUGUUGAACGUGGAAUAUAUGUAAGCGCGUCCUUGUGGAACAGUGCGACGCUCCCUUCUACGUGUUCUUGGCCUGGGCAUAAACCUUCCUCAAAUUAAAACAGGAUUACUUCUUCCCACCGGUGCGGCGGCCGCGUCCGGCAACGGUCCGUCUCGGGCCCUUGCGGGAACGAGCGUUAGUCCGUGUUCGCUGCCCAUUAACCGGCAAGCCUCUCCGGUGCCGCAGGCCGCGGUACGAACCAAUUUCAAUCAAGCGGCGGAUGUUCUGGUUGACUUCACGGCGGAGGUCACCCUCGGUGAGAUAUUCGCGGUCUACGAUCUCGCGAAUCCGGUCCACCUGACUUUCGUCCAGUUCAUUCAUUCUUGGGGACAUUUCCGAAUCAAUCCCGGCCUUCUCCAGUAUUUCCGUGGCAAUUACGGGACCAACCCCAUAAAUGCUGCGGAGGGCAAUGUGAGCCCGCUUGCGGUCGGGUACGUCAACGCCAGCUAUACGAACCAUAACUUGAUCCUCCUGAAAUUCCGGUGAACUAUCCCUGCCGCUGCGCAUGGCGCGCGUUAGGACAGAUUACCCUAACCACGCCCUUUCGCUUGAUAACCCGGCACUUGUCGCACCUUGGUUUGACCGAUGCACUAACUUUCAUAUUUGGACCUCCUGGCCUCCGAAAGAACACUAUGCCGAAAAGCUCUUACUUAAACCGAUAUGUGAUUCGACCCCGGCUCAAGUCAUAGGGGGAAAGCUCGACCAGUACCCGGUCGCCAGGCAAUACGCGGAUGAAAUGCAUUCUAAUCUUGCCUGAAACAUGAGCCAAAACCUGAUGGUCAUUGGGAAGUUCUACCCGAAACAUCCCGUUGGGGAGAGCCUCGGUAACCUUGGCCUCUACCUCAAUAGCUUCCUUUUUCGGCAUAACCCUCCUUGAUUCAAUACUGCCGAUGCUCGG